GGGCGACAUCUCAACCCCACAAACGUCUCUUCCACCACAUAGCCUAACUCGAUGCUCUGGCGUCCCCGGUGAGGCCGAUCUAGAUCACGGUGCUUUGCCUACAUCUGCCGAGGUGUCGCAGCCGGGCCCUAGCCUAUAGCGUACCUCUAUGACGUCGCUAUGGAUCAAUCUCGGACGAGUCCGUCAUUGUUCAGCAACAUACUCGUGGAAACGCUUAGAAAUGCAAAACUGAUGAAGCACUAACGAAUCACUUAUAGACCUGCAUUGACCGCGCACCAAAGUCGCAUCACAUUUCCAACACACGACUUCCAAACAUCAAUCUCAUUGCACUAAACACUUGUCUUUUUCGUUAGAUACCCAUUCACAUUUCAGCAACAUGGCACCAAGAAGAUAUGAAGCCGAGAAGAAGGACCCUGCCCCAUUGGGCAAGCCCCUCGACUUUGCUUUCUCCAAGAAGACCGCUCAGAACCGAUUCCUCAAGGGCGCCAUGACCGAGCGUCUAUCAUCAUGGGACCCUCAGAACCUCGAGGCUCGUGGCGUUCCUUCCAAGAACCUCGUCAACGUCUACCGACGAUGGGGCGAGGGCGAGUUUGGCGUUAUCCUGACCGGCAACAUCAUGAUCGAAUACGACCACCUGGAGGCUGCUGGCAACCCCAUCAUUCCCCGCGGCUCAAAGUACGAGGGCGAGCGGUUUGAGAUGUUCAAGGAGCUUGCGACACAGUCGAAGAAGCAUGGCUCUUUGAUCGUCGGACAAGUCAGCCACCCAGGUCGCCAGGUAACUGAGACCAUCCAGAAGAACCCAAUCUCCGCAUCCGACGUACAACUAGAGGGCAACGUCAUGGGCAUGACCUUCGCCAAGCCACGCGCUGCUACGGACGAGGACAUCAAGAACGUCAUCGAGGGCUUUGCACACGCAGCUGAGUACCUUGAGAAGGCCGGCUACGACGGCAUCCAGCUUCAUGGCGCCCACGGCUACCUGCUCGCACAAUUCCUUGCCCCCAGCACCAACAAGCGUACCGACAAGUACGGUGGAUCUCUCGAGAACCGCGCGCGCAUCGUCACCGAGAUUGGUCAGGAAGUACGCAAGCGCACCUCUUCCAACUUCGUUCUUGGCAUCAAGCUCAACUCCGUUGAGUUCCAAGACAAGGGUUUCGGUACCGAGGAGGCCGCAACUCUCUGCAAAUUGCUUGAGGACAACAGCUUCGACUUUGUUGAGCUUUCCGGUGGCACCUACGAGCAGCUUGCAUUCGGCCACAAGCGCGAGUCUACCAAGAAGCGUGAAGCUUUCUUCCUCGAGUUCGCCGAGAAGAUCACACCCUCGCUCUCCAAGACCAAGACCUACGUUACUGGUGGAUUGAAGAGCGCCGCUGCCAUGGUCGACGCCCUCAACACCGUUGACGGUGUCGGUCUCGCCCGUCCGGUCUGCCAGGAGCCAGAGCUCCCUCGCCAGAUCAUCAACGGCGAGGUUCACGCGGCGAUCGACCAAUUGACCGACGACAACGACUUCGGCAUCACCAACGUUGCAGCAGGAACACAGAUUAGGCAGCUGGGUAAGGACCAACAGCCUAUCGAUCUGAGCGACGAGAAGAACUUCGAGGCCUUCCAGAAGGACAUGGGUACCUGGGCUCAAGGCUUCUCCGACGAUAAGACCGGAAGCAAGUACGGUUACGUUGACAUCGAGAGCGCCAAGGCUAUUCCAUACGGUACUGCUGCUCCCGCUUCGUAGAUAUUUCGCAUCGAUGAGGCGUGUAUAUAAGUGG